UGAGUAGUUAGUUGUAAUUAGUUGUGACAGGUUUUCUCUUACUAUUUUGUUUUUUUUUUUUUAAUUUAAUUAAUUAAUUAAUUUUUUCAAAAAUUUAUCAAUCUCUGUUCUUUGGUUUCUGAAUCUCUCUCAUUCUCUCUCAUCAAAACACAAAUCGCGAAAAUCAAGAAAGCCAAAAACAAAAUAUUAUUAACAAAUUUUAUAUUCUUUUUAAUAAAAUCAAAUAGAAUUUUAGGGUUUCCAAUUCUCUCUUUCCCUCUCUCUGCCUUUGAUUUUCCUUCCCUCCAAACACCCGCGAAAGUUUUAUCACAAGGAGGAAAAAAGUUACCAGCUCUAUCCGGUGGUCGAUUAUUAUUCUGCAUAUUUUUCUUUGUUCAUUGUUUUUUAGAUCCUGAGUUUUCUCGGAAAAGCUGCGUUUCCCGGGAAUUUUGUUCGCUCUAUUUCCAGCUGUAAUCGACGACCUAGUUCGGUGUUUUUAUUUUCAUGUGAUUUGUGCCGGAGGAAAAUAUUGCUGGUGGAUGGAGUAAAGAAAGGGAGGAAAAUCAUUAUUAAAGGCUUUGAGAUUAUCUGAGAGAGAUUUGGAACUCCAAGAUACAGUUUAUUGUUUUUUUUUUCUUCUUUGCUGUGGAUUAUUGGUCAAUAUCUGUAGUGAAACUGGGUUCUCUUUGAUCUUGAAUUGUUUGAAUAUUGGAUGAGAAGUGUUUUAUGGAUUUGGAAGCGUGUCCAUCUUCUAGGGACUUGGUGAAAUGUUGUAAUUGUGGUUGUAGUUGUUCCUCGAUAAGUGGUACUUCAGGGCCUUGGUUUAGGUCUGUGAAGAGAAAAUAUGAUGAGUUUGAGGAAAAUAAGCGGUUCUUCAUACCGGGCUUUGAACCUUUAUCGGUUGCUCGGGUUCAAGUUGAGAAUGAAUGUGCUGCACUACGAGAGAUGGUUGGUAACCAGCAGCAAACUAUACAGGAUUUGUAUAUAGAAUUAGAAGAGGAGAGAAAUGCUUCCUCGUCAGCUGCAAAUGAAGCCAUGUCUAUGAUACUCAGGCUACAGAGGGAGAAGGCUGAAAUUCAAAUGGAGGCGCGGCAAUUUAAGCGUUUUGCUGAGGAGAAGAUGGCACAUGACCAACAAGAGUUCAUAGCAGUAGAAGACUUGUUGUACAAGAGGGAGCAGGUCAUUCAGUCACUCUCAUGUGAAGUGCAGGCGUAUAAGCAUAGGAUGCUGAGUUAUGGGCUCACAGAAGAUGAGGCUGAGGGUGAGAAGGGUUAUAACAACAUGAUGGAAUUUGACUCUCAAAAUGAGAUUCCAAUGUUUGAAUACCCACCUUUGAAAUGCAAUAUCAAUGAGAACCUAGGUUCUUUGGAGGUUGAUGAUGACGAUGUUGCAGAUGUUGAAAAAUAUGCAUUUGGUGAAACACCUCGCGGUAAAGAUCACUUGAAAAAUUUAGAGCAUAGGAUUCACCAGAUGGAGAGAUGUCCUAGUAAUAAUCAAUUGGAAGGGGAUUUUGGAGGUACUAAGAACAUUUUAGAGAAGGUGAUAGUUGGCCACUCUCCUAGGCGGUCAAGACAUUUCAGGAAAUACUCAAAUGAUUCACCUUCAUUUUCAGGCAUGGUCAAAGAAACUGGCACAGAUUUCCACACUGAAUCUCCUAGGUUCAAUGUUAGUUUCAAGAAGACAGAGUAUGUUACACAUGCAGAGGAGUACAACACAAGAAAUACAGAUUAUGGAUCAGAGAUUGGAGACGACAUGAGUGAUAGGGUUUAUACGAUUGACUCGAUCCAUAAUGGGGUGCCUUACAAUGGUUAUGCAGAGGUUAAAGCUGGAGUUGGGAAUGGUGAGGAUAACAUAAACACUCCAAGAGGAUCUUAUAGUCAAGGUGAUAUUGGAGAUCCCGAAAUCAAGAAGCUCUAUAUGAGGCUCCAGGCACUUGAGGCUGACAGGGAAUCAAUGAGGCAAGCAAUUCUUUCAAUUGGAACAGAUAAGGCUCAACUAGUGUUACUGAAGGAAAUAGCACAACAGUUGUGCAAGGAUGCGUCACCCUCAAGACAAAUUACUGUUAAAAAGCCAUCUGUACUUGGAAGCUUUUCCUUCAUAUCUGUUUUCAAGUGGAUUGUAUCCUUUGUUUUCUGGAAAAGGAAAGCUCGCCGAAGCAAAUACAUGUUUGGGCUAUCAGCAAACAGUAUGGGUUUACUGAUGCUUCUUGAAAAAGGUCCCCGCACACGGCAUUGGAGAUGUCUUACAAGCACUCAGGUGUACAACCAAUAAUCAAAUCAUCCAUACACUACCCUAUUGAAGAUAAUGCUCAAGUAUUGGACUCCUUUUUGGAUUAUGAUAGCGGAUUUUUUAAUUUUUUUCUUUCCUUCUUUUUCUUCUUGGAUUGUUUGUAAUUUGCAAAAGUUAAGAUUGGUUUGGAAUGUAAUUUUCCAUUUGACCUGUAAAUCAUGGACGUGGAUGGGAUGUAAGGCCAUUGCUUUGGUCAUAUAGGUUGAGUUUGGGGGUUGGAGUUCAAUUCAAAAGUAUAGCUCUCUUGUACAUUACCAAUUUGGUUGAAUUCCUUGUUCAAAUAUGCAAUGCCUAACUCUUUCUUCUCUUCUAA